AUGACUUCAAUAUCAUUACAUGAUGUAACAGACACAUUGAAUUCUGAAAAUGAAAAAUACGCCUCUGCUCUAAAAACCGCCGGUGAAGUAUUUAACGACGUAGAAAAAUUAUUCAAUGAUCCCGAUUUCGAAACAAAGAAAGGAUGGUUCCGUGACGAAUCAAACAAUGAGGGAGAUGUUGUUUUCGCAAAAGAUACACCAAAAGGACGAAUGGUCACAAUAUCUACAACACUUCCAAUGAAUCCAGCCCAAGUUAUGAAGGAAACCUGGAAUGGUGUAGAAACACUUCCAGAAUGGAAUCAGAAUAUUAACUUUGCCGAACGAAUCGCUGCACCAACUCCAAAUUUCGAUAUUGUUACGUACGGAAACAAUGAUGUUUUAAUUGUAUCCGGUAGAGAAUUUGUAUCGGCACGCUUAUGGCGUCAAGUUGGAGAUCAUUUUAUAUUGGCUUCAAGAAGUGUUGAUGUUCCAUUUAUAUCGAAGCAUAAAGGGAAAGUCCGUGCCUAUUUACAUAUUGCUGGUGCACGAUUCCGACGACAUCCCGAGAAUCCAAAUGAAACAAUUACUGAUGUAGUCAUGCUUGCCGACUUAAAAGGAAUGCUCCCGAAGUUCUUAGUUAAUCAAGUUAUUGGAAAAGUUAUGCUGAUGGAUACAGUAACAAACCGAAAGCAUUUCAAUGAUUUGAAGAAUAAACAAUAA